AUGGCGCCCAAGGAACAAACAGAGAGCUUGAAAGUAGAUGAUGAUACUACAUCCUCACCAGGAGGAGGAGCCAACAAGACGACAGCUGCAGCAGUCGGCAGCAGUCUUCUAGCACCGUCAGUUCUAGCCACAAACUUUGUUGAAGGCGCUGCUGCUAGUGCUUCCACGAUCAUUAUGGAACAAGCUACUGCUAGUUCUUCCACAAUCGCCAGCAGCAAAAGUGGAAACUUGUCCAACACCACGACGACGUCACCCUCGUCCUCGUCGUCCAAGGAAGUUAAGAAACUCCUGAGAAAAAUUCGAGAUUCCAAAGUCGCACAAGAAGUGGAAGAGGCCAUGACCUCCGUGGCAAUGAUGAUUAACACGGAUGAGAACGAAAAAUCGACCGUGGAGGCAGCCGUCCAAACCAUUGUAUUGCUGGAUGGUGCGGGGACUGUGCUGAUGGCACUCAAGGACUGGUAUCCCACAUCGGAGAGUAUAUCCACAGUGACGAUUGCACUCCUCCUCAAGUUGAGUGUUUUGUCCGAUGAAAACAUUCGAAUGUUUGUGGCCAAUGUUGGACUUCCAACCUUGGUAGCCGCCGCCAAUGCUCACAAAACAAAUGGUUCUGUGAUUUGUGGUGUCAUUGGAAUCCUGUCCGUACUUUGUGAAGUCAAAGACGAAGAUGUCAAGGAGGAAAUUGCCAAUGACGAUUGCGUCGACCUGUGUGCCCAUGCGAUGAAAACUUGGCAAAAUGAGACCUUUGUUCAGAGUUGCUGUUGUCUGUACUUGUCCAACAUUGCUUCCGAACCUGCCAACAAGGCGCGACUCUGUGAAAAAGGGAUUGGUGCACUGAUCUUGGCAGCCUUGGAAAAGUAUCGAGGCAAUCAAGAGGACAAGAUUGUCUAUCGACGUGCCUUUCGAGCAAUGACUCUGUACAUUGCCGAAUAA